AUGUCGGUUGCUGAAAAUCCUCGUCUCCCGACUCCUCAGAGCUUCCCCUCUGGCGGUUCGAGCAUACCUCCCGAGAGCCAACAGACACAUGAAAAGGCGAAUCCCCCGCCAGAAGUAAAGGAACCCACUCGCGCAAGAAAAGCUUGCGAUGAGUGCAGACGGAAGAAAGUCAAGUGUGAGCACGGCCAACAAGGCGGCGACAUCGCGGGGAAAAGAAAACGGAGUGGAAGGACUCCUGCUCCUAGUCAGAGGACGACGAACCAGGGGAAUGCCUCAGACGUCAAUGCUGUAGAGCACGCUACGACCACUGAGGCUCCAGACAGAGAGGGCCAGGCCCAAUCCUCACAGACAGCCUCGGAACGCCCGCGUCGGCUGGGAGCAGGUAAAAGAAAACUCUCGGAAGCCUUCGAUCAGAAUCCUCCUUCGAAUGUUUCGCAGCGUCCCAGAAAGCUCGCGGCAGUGUCAGAGAUACCAAGCAACGCCAACGCCAAUACGCAGCAGGCAAAGCAGCGCAAGAAGCCAGGCCACAAACCGCGCAAGCAGCCUGAUUCUGCCUCGAUCGUGAUUCCGGAUACUCCUGAAACAUCUCCAUCGCCUGCUGAGCGCUCUAGCCCACAGCCUCAGCCCUUCGAUGGUAAUAUUACCGUUUCUAUUGACCUGGCAUGGCAUCUACAUAUGAACAAUGAGGUUGAAAGAAGAAUGAGCGACGUCGAACUGGAAUGGCGAGGCAUGUGUCGAGAUAUGGAGAACAUACAAGACAAGUGGCAGCACCUCCUUGAGUCGAUGUAUAUGACAAGGCAAGUGAUGGAUGAAUGGACAUCACGCUUUCUCAGACAAAAACAACACGCAGAGUAA